AACCUUAGCCGCCUCCCUCCUCCUCCUCUUCUUCUUCUUCUCUCUCGAGCAGCCGCUCACUUCCGCCUCCCUCCUCAAAUGAGCUUCUCAAAAAAAGAAAAAGAUUUGAAAAAACCAGGUGUUGUGAAAAAAAUUCAUUCUCUGCCGAUUUGUUUGGACGAAUUCAGUCGGUUUUCAAGGUCAAAUCGAGUUCUUAAGGGGCUGUUCAUUGCUGCUGUUGCGAUUGUUGAGUAGCUGAGCUCCAUUCCUCAUUUUAGACUUUUAUUUGGCCGUCUACUGCUGUUCUGUAAUUGUUAGCAAACUCGUCAAUUCUUCAGAGUUCCUCGCGACGGAAUCAAAUUUAAAAUCAAAAUUUAUCUUCGUCCGUUCCUCUCUCUCUCUCUAGUUCAGCUGAUAAUUAAAGGAUAUCGUGGAAAUGGCAACCUAUAUGUGGAGGAAAUAUGCAGAUUAUGUGUACACAAAGUGGGAGAAGACAAUUCUAUGGGAUAUGGUCGAACCAUUUAGGAGACCAAAAUCGUUUACGCCUCUUGUCACAAUCUAUGUUUGUGCAUUUUAUACUGGGGUUAUUGGGGCAGCCAUCACCGAGCAACUCUACAAGGAAAAAUACUGGGAAGAACACCCUGGGCAAGAAGUGCCUCUAAUGAAACCAAUGUUUUAUGGCGGCCCUUGGAGAGUAAUGAGAGGUGAUGUUCCUCCUAUGGGAAAGUUCAAGCUCUGAGCUUCAGUCUGUAGAUAGUUAUAAGGUAUCUAAUAUAAGCUCUAUGAAAAGGAAAAGUAGCGAGAUAUGUUGUAGGUUCAAACUAGUCUAAGAGAACUUAUAAUUGAAACCAUAUAGGUUUCUAAUGUUUACUAGUCUAUUUUGGUCCUUCCCCAUCUUUAAUUUCCCCUUGUCUUUCUUCUUAUAAAUUGAUGAUAUUCUUUUCAAGUGAAAUUUCAUUACAUUUCUAGUUUUUUA